AUGUCACAAUCUCCACCUGCACAGAGCUCACGAUCUCUAAGUCCAAAGAGUUCUCGAUCUCUGACCCCGCAGAGUCAUACCGCCCCAACAAUUGAAGUUGCCGGGACCUCUCAAACUUCCUCUCACCUUCGAAAUCGUAAUCGCAAGAUUAUCAUUGCAUCCGACUGGUGGAUACACAAUGAAGGAGUCAUUGAUGUAGAAGCCAGGUUCGAGAAGCUCUGCCAUGAGCAAGAACAGCAAGUCAUCCCUACAGCGAGCUGUCAAUGGCGUCCAGGAAAGCAAUGCUUCUUACUCAGUUGCCCACCUGUUCACUCAAAAGUCGUCCCGCAGCUUUUCAUGCAGGCCCUCCAAGGUCUCAUCCGGGAGGAAGAGGAGAAGAACGGUAUCUAUGGUCAACAAAACCAGAGACAAAAUCACACCAGCGAGAGCGAUUCUGAAAGCGAUUCGGAUGAUGAACCGAGUAUUGAUGCAAGUGAAUUCUCUGACGAAUACGUUGCCGAGAACGGCGAUAACAAACCUAUGGUCAGUUCUAAGAUUCAACGCCUUCCAGAAUAUUUGGAGCGCUACAACCAAGCCACUAAUCACGAUGACGACACUGCUUCUUUCUCGAAACAUCAAUACCCGAUCGAAAUUCUGUCCAUGAAUGAAAACUGCGUUAUAGUCAAAUCGCUCAAUGAGAACGUUGUCUACGUCGGCUCUACUUCAGAAGAAAGCAUCCAUCUAGCAAUCUUGAAACUCGAUAACUUGGCCAAAUACGCUCUACCAUCUCAAUACAUCUCGCACAGCUUCUACACCGAGGACACCGGCAAUUAUGAACUUUCGCUCAAACACUUGUAUGAUGUGAAGAUAGCAAAAAAGCGUAUGUUCGAGACGACCCUUAUUGAUGAUCUCGAUAAGUUGUACGAUAUACACAACUCUGAACACAAUCUCGAGAAAUUCAUCACUGUAAGGUGUGCUAUUCAUAACUCCGAGCAAGGAAGCUUUGCUGCUGUCAAGAAUAAAGUCACUAUUGUGAACAAGGAACCGAACUUCGGUGAGACACGAAUUUGCUGGGAGGGUUUCUCUUGUGCUUCGAAAGAGUCACCUAAUUCCUUGAGACAUUUCGAGGACAUCGAACGUGCUAUUGCAGCACUUCAAAGAGGAAACAAAGUACCGCCUACUACAAAAGUUGAACAGGUUGAGUUCGUAGACUCGACUAAAGUCAAGACAAUUGAAAAUUGGAAAAAGAAAGCACAAAAGGAGGGUGCGCAUAGGCUAAUUACGCAGCCGAUGGCAAACAAAGCUCAACGAGAAUCUUGGGACAUCUGUAUGGGAUCUGACAAGCCGAACUUCGACAAUGUCCCGGGACGAGCUUUCGAUCGUCAAACGCCAGUACAACUAGUGUCUGGCCUCAAUCGCAGAUUGCCCAUGGUCCAACCUCAACAACAGCCUCAUCAACAACAACAACAACAACAACAACAACGGCCAUCUGGUGUGUCGGUACCCAUGGGGGCCCCAGCUGGCACAAACCCCACAUUUGCACAAAAAUUGCGAAACGCAAACGCUCAAAAAGUCUCACUGGAACCUGACCAGUGGCCCACAUUAGUUAGCUCCAAGCUUGAGGUCGAUGUGAAGCCAAAACAAUUGGAGCCCGAGAAAUUGGAGCCAAAGCAAUUGACAAAGCAACGUCCAGAAACGCCACCAAACUUACUUGACGAUGAUGUCCCGAUGUUGGGUGGCAUAGAUGCCGAGCUAAUGGCAUUUACGUCGCCCCCCAGUGGAAAUGAUAGACUACAGUCAUCAAGUGAGAUUCAAACCAGGGUUUUUCACCAAACUAUGCAGCAGAAAAAGCCGAAGCCAAAAAAGGAGCGCUCUUUAUUUGCCAAUCGACUAGAACUUCCCGACAAUCUACCUUUGUCGAGACCACAGUCUGAUCAUAUUGACCCCUUGCCAGCAUUUUCCAAGGAAUUAAAUAGCAAUUUUAUGGAGCUCUUGACAGGUGCCAGAGGUUUCAGAGGCGAUGUUAAGCUCCAAGCUCGGUUUGGACGAAUUCUGCUUCGGGGUAUCAAGGGUUUACAUAUCGCUGAAAAGGAGAACAAGGAUUUCUCUAAACCAGAGGGAGAUUUACAGCGAAUUCUCAACCCAACAUAUCCUGGGGCUCGUCGGCCUACUACCUCAUUUACUAAUACCUUAACGACAGUCCCUGCUGAUAUUGACGGGCUCCUUCAGUUAAAAGAAGACGGCAGAUCCCUUUGGAAGAAUGAUUCAGAAUGGCGCAUAUUCUACACCUUUACAUUUAUUGAGGCAGCGACACGUUUGCCUUUUGUCAUCGAAAUCGAUGCGGAGAAAUUUACAACACGUUCUACAUCACAGCAAAGUUUUGGGCAAUUAAAUGUCCACGGAACGAAACGCGUUUGGGACUUCCAAAUAUCACUUACGGGUACUAAGGAGGAGGAUAGGUAUGGAGACCUAGCAACCAAGCUACAGAAAACUCUACACAUUCCAUCGAACCAAGAAUCUCCGAAACUAUACGCUGAGAUUGAUAGAGAUUUGGAAGAAAAGUAUACUUUGCAAGAAAUUUACCUUCACAAAGUGAACCUCCAUCGAAGUAGUAACAACAGAUCUGUUCUUUCGAUCUCGGAAGUACUUGCAUUUAUAACCAAUAUCUGUUCACCACCCGGCAAGCCUGAUGUGCGUAUCAUCCGCGCGACAUACUAUAACGGUCCUGGUUCCGGUUUCAACUAUAGGUGGUUUACAGCUUCGAUUGAAAGCGUCCGGGGCAACGAGUUACUUGUACAGAACAAGAAGUUAGAGCUUGGGGAGGAAGCUGGAUGGACUCCAGAAACGUUUGCUGACGUUUUGCCUGAUCUUUCUAUCCCAGCUUGCCAAAUGCUUAAGCAGAUGGAUCAUGUAGGGUACUACAACGAAAAUGGUAUCCGUCGGUCUCCUCCUCCCACUCAAACUUCACCGCCAAAACCGGUGGAAAGGUACUGGUAG